AAAGUUCGAUUAGUGGCUAGGUGGUGGAAGAGAAAUCCUGCUGGCUGAAGAGAAACCCAACCUUAUAGUGGUUAAAACGGAUUUCAAAACCAAAGCUCUUAUCUUUCUGUCUUAAACUACCCCCGUUUGCUUGGAGAUCCCAACUUGUUACUAGUCUUGUUCUCUUAGAACUUUGAGAGACAACUUAUUGAGUGACCAUCCAAAUUCAGAGAGAAACACUAAGAGUGGGCAAGUUCAAACACCUGAGUGUGUGAGGAAUUUUGUGUACUAAUCUCUUGUGUUAAGCUUUUCAGGAACUAUGGAGAGUGAAGAAGAUAGGAACCAAACCGGGAAUUCUUAUGAUGGUUUAUCUAACUUGCAGAUGAGAGCUCUCAAUGAUUCUAUGGCUAACCUUAUGAAUGCAGGUUUGGAACAGAUCCAUCUCAGACUUUAUGAGAUCCAAAGUAGCCAACCAGCCCAAACUAGAACCAGGCGAGAUCGCCCACGGAGGAACGGACGGCCGAAUGAAGAAGUCGGAGAGGAGGAGAACCAAGACGAUCGUUCCAUCAAUCGUCCUAGGAGAGGUACCCAAAACCGUGAUCAAGGAACUAAGGAUGGUUCUGGUCAAGCCAAGGAGCCGUGAAGGUUCAGUCAAUGAGAGGCUGUGUAACGUGUGGUUAGAUGAUGCUAGGGAUGAACUAGUGAUUGUCUAUGAAACCGUGAACAAGUUGUGUAUCGGAUCUCAUGUUUCUAUGUAAUA